AUGGAGAUUUUAUCACCUUUGAGAGUCUGGAAAACUAUUCUAACAAUCUUAUAUGUGGCUUUAAAUCCCUGCUUAUCAGCUAGGGUUCAAGAUUCACACAUUCCCGAAACGUUUCCAUUAUCUGACAUUGAUACUGGUUUUGGACUUUCUACAACCCAGAUAGGAGAAACAAAUACUAUUCCUUAUCGUUCUUCUUUGGGAGAUUUACGAAAAUUUUACCACUUUCCAAAACGGGGAUCAUUUCCUCCAAACUUCUUGUUUGGAGCAGGAACUUCAGCCUUACAGGUUGAAGGAGCAGCUUCCGAGGGAGGAAGAGGACCAGGAAUCUGGGAUGAUAGAAUUAACCGUAACAAAGAAGCAUUUAUUGAUGGUGAUAAGUUUCCUACAAUGAUCCAACAUUAUAAGCGAUACAGGGAAGACGUCCAACAUUUAAAGAAUCUUGGAAUAAAUUCUUACAGAAUGUCCAUCUCAUGGAGUAGAGUCUUGCCAGAUGGAACCAUAAAAGGAGGUGUAAAUCAAGAGGGUGUUGAUUUCUACAACCAUUUGAUCGAUGAAUUACUUGCAAAUGGCAUUACUCCUUUUGUGACUAUCCUACACUUUGACUAUCCUCUUGCCAUUCAGGAAAAACUUCAUGGAUUUUUGAAUAGCUCCAUUGUGAAUUAUUACAAGGAUUAUUGUGAACUCCUUUUCAAAACAUACGGAGAUCGAGUUAAGCAUUGGACUACAGUGAAUGAGCCACAAAUUGUAGGUUUAAUUACUUACAUGCAUGGUUUUGACAAUGAUGAUCCUGAACCAUGCCAAGCUACCAAACUCUGCCAACAACCUUAUACUGUAGUUCAUAACUACAUCCUUUGCCAUGCUGCAGCAGUCAAGCUAUACAGAGAAAAAUUUCAAGCAACACAAAGAGGAGAAAUUGGAAUUGUUAUCGGAUCUGAAAGUUUUGAACCCUACAGCUCAAAAUCAGAAGAUGUGGCUGCUGCUGAAAGACUUACAGAUUUCUUGAUUGGAUGGAUUUUAGACCCUGUAGUCUAUGGAGAUUAUCCAAAAAUCAUGAGAGAGUUAGUGGGGAACAGACUACCCAAUUUCACAGAAGAUGAGAAAAACAUGGUUGCAGGAAGCACAGACUUCAUUGGAAUCAAUUAUUACACUUCUCAUUUUGCUAAGCAUGAAACAAACAAAACAAAUAUAUCUUUAACAGACAAUUAUGAUGCCUUAGGAACAUCAGAAGAUUUCAAUGCAGAAGGAAAAACCCUUGGUUACUUGGAUAAGUAUGGUGGUAAUUUUGUCUAUCCCCAAGGAUUAUAUAACAUUUUACAACAUAUCAAGAAAAAGUACCAAAAUCCCAUUAUCUACAUAACUGAGAAUGGUAUUGCUUCAUUCAACAUCACAAAUCCAUUGAUAGACAUACAUCGGAUCAAAUACUUAGCCACACAUUUAAACUAUACCAAAGCAGCAAUUGACAACGGUGUAAGAGUUGGUGGUUAUUUCGUGUGGGCUGCCUUUGAUACCUUUGAAUUCAGAGCUGGGUUUUCCAGAAAUUGGGGAAUUAUUCAUGUUGAUUUCAAUAAUAAUCUCUCGCGUUGCACAACAGUUGCUGGUAAGUGGUACAAGAGAUUCUUGAAUCGUGUCAUUCCACAUUAA